GUUGCUAGGUUACUGAAGCAAAACUGUUUUAUAUUUAUUCGUUUAUAACAUGUAAAAAUAUGCGACACAAAUACUGCAGGUUUUUGCCAAAAGAGAGAAAAAAAGUGAAGGAAAUGAGAAAACCACGUCGAUAGCUAAAAUAAGAGCAUUUCACCGCUACUGUGUUGCUAACACGCUGUCAAGGAAACUGUUUAUCUUAGCAACAGCAGGCACGGAAGGAGUAUAUCUCCUCCAGAAGGUUCAGUAUUGUGGAUCUGCAAGUUUAUUACGCAAAAAUAGUUUUUACAUAUGGAUUCCGAGAGCCUGCCUGGGAGCUUGGAGCACGUCUCUGGUACGGGAGUGGUGCUGACCCCAGAGCAGAAAGCAGCCUUACAAGUUUCACUUGUUAUCUUACAGGGCCAUUACAGAUUUAAAAGGGUCCUGUUUUGGGGCAAGAUCCUAGGUAUUCAUGCUGACUACUAUAUAGCACAGGGGAUUGGGCAAGAUGAGAUGCACGAUAAGAAAAACCUGUACAGCCUGAAUUGUAUUGAUUGGAACCUACUUCCUCCAGCUACAGAUUCUUCAAUAGCAGAGCUAACAUUAAUCAAAGGACGUUUUAUGGGUGACCCUUCACAUGAGUAUGAGUUUACAAAGAUUAAGAAAACUGGUACUGAUGAUGAAGCGCAGGAAGAGGAAAUACUUGUAAAAUGUAAGGAAGAGACCCGCCUAGCAGCUACUAUAGCAGUGAUUGACAGGGAUGUGGCAGUAGUACCUCGAGGGGCUUAUCUCAAGACCCCACUCAGUCAGGUGGAGAAAAAUCGCAGUUUCCAAGGUCUGUCUGUAUCUGAGGCAGUGAAAAUCCGUUCAUAUUUUCACCUCAGUGAACCCACACACCUGAAGAAGAAAACACUACUACAGCAAGCUGACUUGGACCCAUCUUUUGACUUCCUGGAUACCCUGGAAGAAGAUAUCCCAAAAGGAUCAUGGAGUCUCCAGACUGAGAGAGGAAGCAGCUUGGUAGUACUGAGAAGCCUUUUGUGGCUUGGCUUGACAUGUUACCAUAUCCCUUGUACUUCACAAUAUGGCUACAUUUACAUGGGCUUUGGAGAAAAGAAUAUGGACCUUCCAUUUAUGCUGUGAAAUUAAAAUGGGACAAAUUCAAGCAAUUAAGAAAAAUUAUUGUGAAACCCAAACAUAUUCAGAAAACCGAGUUAUCAUAACUGUUUUACACUUUUCUUAUUAUAAAUUCAUUGCAUGUGACUA